AUGGCCACUGUUGCUACUACCAGUACUAAGACUGUUCCUAACUAUCAAGAUAUAUUGGACGGUAACAUUCAUAAAAAGGUUCCGCUUGAAACAUAUAUUUCCCAAUUAGAACCACUUUGCAAAGCAACAGCCAGCAAAUUUCCAACAACAUCAACACCGAUUUCAACUUCUUAUUCCAUCACCGCAGUCAACCCCGAAUUUGAUCCAUUGGUCCAUUUACUGUACUAUGCCAAUGGAAUAACUGGUAGAGAUCAAUACAACAAUACACGUAGAUUAUCAUUGGAACAAUUGAGACUUUCAAACCCACAAUUGCAAAUUUCGCCCAUAGGAGUAUCAGAUCCAUUCCCAUUAUUUACUAAAGAAGCAAUCGAUAUUAUGCGUAGUGAACUAUUGGCGAAGGAGAAUUUCUUAAAGUAUGCUCGUUAUUGUCAUAGUUCAACCACUGGGAUGGAUUGUGUUGUGAGAGGAUACGUUAAGGAUAACGAAGGACAUGUCAACUGUCAAUUCAUACACGAUGCUUGGACUCAUCCAGCUACAAUGGAGCUUGUUUCGAAAAUGGCUGGGGUCGAUUUGGAAAUUGUUAUUGAUUUUGAAAUUGCUCAUGCUAAUAUUUCAAUGAAGGCUCCUGAAGAAGCUGAUGCUGAAGUUGCUAAACACGAGGCGAAGGUGGAGAGAAUGAGUGAAAGAAAGGAGUCUACAUCUUCAACCAGGUCAGGUGAUGAUAUUCGUGCGGUUGUGGGUUGGCAUCAUGAUUCUUACCCAUUUGUUUGCGUGUUGAUGCUCAGUGACACCACAAACAUGAUUGGGGGUGAAACAUCGCUCCGUAUGGGCAAUGUAUUGGACGAUGAAGACCAAGAGAUUGCCAUUGUUCCUGGUCCAAAGCAAGGUUCAGCUUGUGUAUUACAAGGCAGAUUAAUUGAACACAUUGCACCAGCGCCUCAAGGGUUGAGUGAACGUAUCACCAUGGUUACAAGCUACCGUGCUCGUGAUCCAGCUUUACCUGAUACUAGUGUUUUAGAUACUGUUAAGCCCGAAGUCAAUUUUGGGUCUCGGUAUCAUGAAUUUUAUCAACAAUGGAUCAAUUAUCGUUGUGAUUUAAUGAAGCGAAAGUUGGAUUUGAUUAAGCUCGGCGCUAUGGCUGAAAUAGACGGUGGCAAAAAGGUGUUUGAUAAAGACAAGAUGGUUGAGAACUUGAAAGACUUGGAGGAGUAUGCUAGAGUAACUUACGCAGAAAUGCUUUGUUGA